AUGGUAGUGCUCAGAGUUGUUCACACAGUUCUCAACAUCGCGUACACAUCUUCGGAGGCUCAGGAAGACUUUCCCCAGUACAAUAAUUUUACGAAUCUGUUCAAAGAGCCGUAUUUCGAAAAGAUGCUGAAAAAGGCGGUUAUGGGGGCCACGACGGAUGUUCGACCCUUCCGACUGGAAGAUUGGCCUACACAUGGAAGGGCUGAGGAUGAGGUCGACUGGGCUCCCGAUCGUCUCAAAGAAGAGAACUGUGCCGACUACGACCCUCCUGAAAAACAUGUCGCUGACAACUCCGGUGAAUAUAUCCCCCCAAGGGGCACUGUAACUAAACUAGGGGUCUAA